UUAUAUUUGGGUGGCUGUUGUGUGCAGCCUAGUCCAAGUGCUGCUAUGUGGGUGUAGUUUUGGUAGGUAUGUGUUAAUGCUACUGCAGGCAGCUGCAUAUUAAUGUGGCUAUAUUGUUGUGAAUAAAAUAAGCUGGAGGGUGGCACCUUCUUGGUUCCACGUAUUCUUACACCACAAUGCAAUUUCACACAUAACUUCUGCUUCUGCAAGGUGACUUGCAGGCAGAAUAGUCUCACUACCUUAAAAGGUUAUAAUGUAAGUGCCAAAAAGUAGUAAUUGACCAACAAGCCAGAUAGCCCCUUCAGUCACGAAUUAGACUAGCAUGGAUUACUUGUGCAAGUUAAUUAUUGGUUGCAAGCAUUACUAGAAAGAAAAAAAAAAUCCGCAAUUGCUACAAAAACGCCCCCUGUUACACCACCCGUCAAACACUAGUGCCUUCUCCAAAGCGAUCUUCGGUAGCGAUAGAUUUUCCUCAGUACAACGGAGGUACUUGAGGUAAAAAGAACGUUCAAUUUACCUUAAGCGUAAUUUUAUGAUCUAUUCCUUGCCACAACUGCACAGAUAUGGCAAAAAUAGGUCGUGUCUACAAAUGUGUACAGUGACUGAAGGGGAUACGUUGCAUGCCCUUAACAGAGGUGUAGUGCCACCUGCAUCCUGCACUUUUAUAAACAGCUUACUGCAUUGCCUAUGUAUGUGUGCAUGUGUGUAUGUUUAUAUGCUUGCAUUCAUGGCUGUAGGAAACUGAAGUUGCGUAGUGUAUUUCCUGAGUUCCUUUAAAAUGUAACUUUUUGUCUGACAUCAAUCUUUUUUUUUUUUUUGCUUGGACAGAGUGGUUUGCAGGUUGGCCUAUGUUGAGUCAGGGGCUGAUAACCAAUUAUCAUUUCUUUCAACCAUUUAUAAUAUACCUAAGAAAUAAUGAUUGCAUUAAUUGGCUUUUUGAAGAUUCUUUACAACUUUAGUGCUUUCCUGAGAUGUUUUCAUGCUGUACUGAUAAUACAAACAUUAUAUUGAUACAUCUCUUCUGAAUAGGUACCCUUCUAAGGAGCUUUACUGCACUGCUGUAGAGCAACUAAUUCAAAAAUAUCCGCACUUGCGUGACAACGUGAAGAUAGGCAGUGGCAUGGAAUCGUGGAAAGUUGCCCUCAAGAAUAAGUUUAAGAACAACAGAAAGAAGGCAGUGAAUGUGUCUACGGAAAUGCAAGCGGUUCGGGCCCAGAGCUACCGCAAGAGUCCCAGGGAGCCAGUGGUGGAGGUGGCGAACAAGAAGCUAUGCCGCCUCUCUGACAACAAUGACCUCAUCAUUUAUGGGGAGACCAUGGAGUCGCGACAAAAACAUAACGAGUGGCUACAGCAACAUUUUGCAACUGCUGAUCCAGAAGAUUUGCGGCCACGUCUUCUUGCAACAGCCAAGGAACGGCACGAGUGUCUUCGCCGAAUCACGUUGUCGGAGGCGCUCCUGCAGUAUCCUUUCCUAGCAACAGAACACUCGCUGCUGAUGGAGUUCAAUAUAUUGUUCAAAAGAACAAUACUCGACAGUAUUGAGCGUGGCUGCAGCCGUCUGUGCAGCAUCAUUCUCGACCACGCGGAGCAGGACGAGGUUGUUCAAUUCUCUGCCAUGGCUUCUGGUAAUUUUAUGUGUUGCUAUUUUUUAUAGAUUUUCAGUGUUGACAAAACUGCUACUCCUUUCGGGGAUCAACCAUUUCUGUAUAUACAUAAGUUACUUUAUAAUAAAAUCUUUUGCAUAAUUACUUUUAUUCACUUGAGCUAAAUGUACCCAGAGCAAGUAACUUCUUUACUCUCACAUGCAAGCUACAACAGGUUUUUUCAAGCUGUAGAGGAUUAACCACUAUGAGAGAGCAUGCCGUGUUUGUAGGAGCCUGCUUAAUGCGACUUCAUAUGAUGAUUAUGAUUGGUAACUGUCUUCUAAAGAUGUAGU